GAUGCGAACGAUAGGUCCAGGGGUUUACGCAAGGAAAUUAGAGCGAACACAUCCGAUUGGGCCUGAUAAUGUUGAAGAGACGUUUUAAAGGGAUGAGUGAUUGUGAAUGAAGCUUUGACUAUGGGGGUCCAUAUUGUAGCUCGCAUACAUAACGUUACUAAAGGACUAUCAGGCAUUCCGACUUAUUUUCCUUGUGUAAAAAGAAUGAGGGAAAAGAGCAGAGACAAGCGGAGUCCAAGACAUAUGUUGCGGUUGACAUGGACCCUGGGUUGGGUCAAGCUUAUAAGCCAGGCCUCCCACGGGUCUGGAGGCAGUCUACGGAAGCUCAUUAGACUUGGGGCAUGCAGGCCCUGCAGGGAGUCGUGUUUGCCCUUUCAUGUCGAAGCCAGAGGACAAGCCGCAACUUGGAUUGGAACCCCGUGGGCUAUAUGAGUGGCAGCUGAAUAUGUUGCGGUUGACAUGGACAUGACGUAUCCCAUGCCCCUUCAACCCCGAGUGCUUAGGGUGGAUCCAGAGUGUUUCGCGAGUGCUGAUACACGAGUGACGUAUAUAACUGUGAUGUAAUUCUUUGCCAAAUUUGGUUUAGGUGGCCGUUGCAUUUCAAUGUCUUUCAAUGCAUUGUUUUUUUAAUAACAAGGACAAUUUUUUCAAUUUAGCUUUGUUCGGAAAUAUGAAAAUAAGAAGAACAUCGACAUCCACCACCGUCAACAAUCUCAUCCCUGGACGACUGCGAAAUCGAAAUCUGCAAUAGUUUGUCCUUACUGGCCUGUGACCACCGACUUAUUUUCUGUCGUUGC